UUCUUUUCUCAAUUUCCAGUCUGUGAUGCCUCAGGCCUGGACGAAAUUUUAUGGAAAAGGAGAACAUUUAAUUGCUGCCAUUCGCAUUCCUUUGGAAUUGGCUGCUUGAUACCCAAGGUUCACAAAUAUCUAGGUACCUAUCUUCUAGGUAUCUGGUCGACAAUUAUUCGUUCGACAUUCCACAAUCCCCAACGAUUCGUCAUUCCGCAUUCCUACCAGUUAUCGACGGUAACUCGAAUCUGACCAACCGAACUGUUCGCCGACGAGUGUUUCCGCGGCCAUGGCGUCGGCCGAUGCGCUAUCGGCGCCCGGGUCGGCGACCUAUGCGUCGGACACAAUGGUGGUAGGAGAUGGGACCUGGGACUUCUCUAAGAACGAUUUCUUGUUGCCGAAUCUCAUGGGAUUGAACUUCGAAACUAUGCGAUACAAUGGCAUGGGCAAUCGCUUCUCGACGAUACCACAAUAUCACCAAUUGGUCACCGGCCAUGGGAUCCUCGCUGUCAUCACCUUCCUUUUCGUUAUCCCGGCCGCAGUUAUGUACGCGAGAUUCAGACCAUACGGUUCUCCUAUACGGUUCCACGCAUACUUGAAUGUUCUCGCCGUUGGUCUUUGUACCGUUGUGUUUGUACUCGGAUGGUUCGCCGUAGGCCCAAAUCGAAGCUUAACAAAUCCUCAUCAUGGAAUUGGAGUGGCCAUAUACACUAUGAUCAUGGUUCAAAUCAUUGGAGGCCGUCUAGUGAAGAAUAUUCGUAAGAAGUCAUUCCGACUGAUGCUUCAUCGAUGGCUCGGAAGAACGGUUGCAAUUUUAGGAAUGGUUCAGGUCCCCCUCGGACUUACUCUCUACGGAUCACCCUUGUAUACCUUUAUUUUGUAUGCAGUUUGGAUGGCAAUAUUGCUUCUAGCAUACUUCAUCCUUAGCUGGCGACAUGAAAGCAAUCGCGAUCGGGAAGAUCUCGUGAGCCAUGGCGGACGUUCCGAAGGUGGCAUCACAGAAUCGGAACACAAAUCAAAGCGAGGGAUGGGGUGGCUAGGACCAUUGUUAGCGGGAGCUGGAAUCUGGGCACUCCUGCGAGGACGAAAAGACCACGAAGCAGGUCGAGAGCAAAGUCGCAGCGGGUCCCGACCGCGCAGUCGUAGCCGGCCUCCUGAGGUCAUUCCAUCCCAAAGAGGCUCAGAGAGCUACUUAUCGGAUGAGAAAAUCUCAGAUAGAACUCGAACCGACCGUCGUGAGGGUGGAGGAGCUAUGAAUUGGUUACUUGGUUUGGCUGGACUCGUUGGAGCUGGAGCCUUGGUUAAAGGGGUCAAAGAAAGGAGGGAGAAACGAAGAUAUGAUGACGAAGAAUAUUCAGCGGUACCAACAGAUACACCUAGUCGGACCAGCCGUCCGAACAGAUCCCGAAGAGCUGCUACCCAGUACACUGAAAGCGAAUUCAGCGAUGACCGAACAGACAUUCAUCCAGGCCCAAGACCACAUACCCCGUUGUUACCUGGUCCUGAGUGUCCUGGAGCUUCAGCUCUAAGCGGUACAGAGCCUAUGACGCCACGGCCCUUGCAUGCUCGGCCGACUCAUACGGAGAGCAGCUAUUUAUCUGACUAUUCGUCAUAUGUGAGUCCAACACAGCGGCCUGUAGAAGAUGAAGAAAGCAAAGCUGGAAAGGGUAUCCUGGCUGCUGUAGGCUUGGGCUGGCUAGCAAAGAGGGUGAAGGAUCGACGAGACAAGAGAGCGGAUGAUGACCGUCGCAGGGAAGAGGACGAGAGACGGGACGGACAGCGCGGAUCAAGAUAUACCGGAGAUGGUCACAGCACUCCAACAAGAUCAUCACGACGUCGGCCACCUCCAGCAUCUGCUCCAACUGUUACUUCCUUGACUACAGCUUCAUCGAUGCUUGAAUCUCGUCCUCCAGGAACAACCAUUUCCGGUCCUCCAAUGCCACCCCUUGGUGCUGCAGGUGCGCAGCCUCCUGUGCCAGUUCCUGUCCCAGCUCCGGGUCGAGGUUCGCAUUCGCAUUCACGAUCGACAUCGAGAUCAAAGAGUACUAUCACAAACUCGGUCACAAUGCCGCCAAUGCCACCCGAUCCGCAUGGUGUACUUCAUCCAUUACGUCAAGAAUCCGGUACCGAGUCUUACGCAUCUAGUGGUGGUAGGCCUCAUAGACGGCAUUCAUCGCGUCACCGUAGAGAACUUGAAGAGGCCGCAGUCAUCGGUGGCGCCGCAGCUAUUGAAGAAGAGGAACGUCGCAGAGGAGAUCGCAGCCAAGCCCCUAGCCAGCCUGUUAGUGUUAAAGUGAGAUACCACGACGACCGUGAUAGAAACAUAACACUCCGCCGUCUCACCGAAGAAGAAGCGGCUGCAGCUAGGCGUGGACAACGGGGAAGGUCAGAUUCCGUUAGUACAUUCUCCGAGAGCGAAGCACCAGCUAGUCGACGAUAUAGACGUGAUUCAAGUUCGCACAGAACCGCGGACGAAACUGCGACCGAAAGAUUGGUGUCCGAGCCAAUGUCACCGCCAACACCAGCUUUCGCCGGAGGUCGACGAGGGGGCAAAGACUCGGCUUAUUACUCUGGCCAGCCAGGUCCUUCGGGCGUACCAUUGGCUGAUCCGACUGUCUCUAGUUUAGGCACGGCGGAAAGUCAUCCGACGUGGAGUGCGAUGAGUCCUUCACCUAGUGGGCCGACAGGACCGGCGGGCUCAUCAGCGCCGUCAGCUGCGGAGCGAAGACGGCGAAGACGACUCGAAAGAAGAGACCAAAGACCUUCUACUUCGCAUAGCAUCGACUAUAACUGAUGUUUCGGCGAUCGCAUGUCGUCAUACUUCUGACCCUCAUUGCUCGGUGUUUUGGCGUCUACUUUACUUUAACGAUUCGACUCGUCCAUGAUAAUCGCAUGUAUUCCCCGGGAGCAUUGUUCGGCAAUUUUUUUCGGCCUAAUUAGGAGACCAUGAUGUUUGGACAAAGCUGUAUGUCUCGGGAAUGAGCUUGAAGAAAAGAGGGUUUUUGCAUGAUAUCCCAAGAUAUCCAAUUGGUUGGCUGUUUCCUUUUUACGUGUUAAUAGUACAGUGUACUGGAUGAACAUAAUAGAAUGAUAAUAUGUACAAUCCCUUUUGAUAGAUGAAGGAAACGAAUUUUUCACUGUUUCAUGACAUGUUGUGUAUGGAACUUUGAGUUGAAACUCGAGAGGAUUGACUGAAGGGAUGGAUGAUGAUUCGUGUGACCAUUUACAGGCGGUUUAGUGCUAGCGCCAGUGAGCUAGGUGCCUCGGUGCCCUGAAACUUUAAUAGAAUUAGGCGGGUCCACGUGCAAUCGCGACGUAUCGAUAAGCUGCCGCAACUCAAAAUCGCGGUUUAAAGAUUCCAUCGCAACGCG